CAGUGUUAAGACCACUGUGUACUGCGCAAGUCCUUGGAGCAACGCCAUCAGUGUGGUAUCACUGACACCAUCAGCAUCACACGCAGACAGAAGCGAUCAUGUCGAGGUCUUUCUACGUAGACUCUUUGAUUAUCAAGGAUCCCGCUCGCCCGGCUCUGAGCGAGCACACGGGACAAGACUUUCUCAUCCCCUUUGGCAUGCACUCCCCCGGAGUGAUGAGCGUCACUGCGCCCGUUUGCCCGUCCCGGAAGACCGGCACCUUCUGUGUCUGUCCGAUUUGCGUAACCUCGCAUAUCCACUCUCCCCGCGGCGGAAUCCCACUGCUGAAGGGACAGGGCUUCUCCGCUGGUGACGCGGCUUUCUGUCAGAGGGUAGCACACCAACAGAGCCCCGCGUUAGCGCACCCGGGACACGGACACCCGCCCACAAGCUACAGCGUCACUGACCCUCGGAGGUAUCACUGUCUGUCUCUAGGUGCGUCUGACAACAGCCACAUACAGAACGGCAAACGGAUGCGCACUGCCUUCACCAGCACUCAGCUGCUUGAGUUGGAGCGCGAAUUCUCAUCUAACAUGUACCUCUCCCGCUUACGCAGGAUCGAAAUAGCCACAUAUUUAAACCUGUCAGAGAAACAGGUGAAAAUAUGGUUCCAAAACCGCCGAGUUAAACACAAGAAAGAAGGCAAAGGUACGCAGCGGAGCGCUCACGCAGGAUGCAAAUGCUCGGGCAGCCACUCACACUAUCCGCGCUCGGAAGACGAAGAAUCUCUGUCACCUGUGUCAGCAACAGAGGAGAAGGAGACUUCACCUAUCUAGGGGCGUCGCGAACAUCAUAGACUUAAGUUUGGUACCCUGCAUGGCACGUUUAAACGUACGGAUCCGUUGAAACGGCUGAAUUUAUGGGACACUGUCUUCCAUAUUUCCAUAGCCCGAAGUGUAUGGAAGUUUAGCGACU